GUCGCGCCGGGGGAACUUCCUGGUUCCCGGGCUCGGCUUCGCCGGGAUCCUCUUGGAAGGGAAACAAUGGGGCGGAGGGCACUGCGGUAGCCGCCGCCGCCGCGCCGGGACCUGCUCGGCUGCCCCGACUCCCCGCUCUGCGCCCUGCCGCAGCCUCCGCCGACGGGACCGUCCGGAGGACAUGUAUUCUUCUGAGAAACCUUGGACAGCGGAUUUUGAUUUACUAUCUGAUUGCGACAGCCUACAGAGAUCUUUCCAGUCAUGAACUCGGACCAGGAUGUAGCCCUCAAACUUGCCCAGGAGCGAGCUGAAAUAGUUGCUAAAUAUGACAGAGGACGAGAAGGUGCAGAGAUUGAACCUUGGGAGGAUGCUGAUUACCUUGUUUACAAAGUCACGGACAGAUUUGGCUUUUUACACGAAGAGGAGCUCCCGUAUCACAAUGCGGCUAUGGAACGGCAAAAGCAACUGGAAAUUGAAAGAACGACUAAGUGGUUGAAAAUGCUAAAAGGAUGGGAAAAAUACAAGAACACUGAAAAGUUUCAUAGGAGAAUUUACAAAGGAAUCCCUCUCCAGCUCCGAGGUGAAGUCUGGGCUCUACUUCUGGAGAUCCCUAAAAUGAAAGAAGAAACCAGAGACCUUUAUAGUAAAUUAAAACACAGAGCACGGGGCUGUUCACCUGACAUCAGACAAAUAGACCUUGAUGUCAACCGCACAUUUAGGGACCAUAUCAUGUUUAGAGACAGAUACGGUGUUAAGCAACAAUCCCUAUUCCAUGUUCUUGCUGCGUAUUCUAUUUAUAACACGGAAGUUGGAUACUGUCAGGGGAUGAGCCAGAUCACGGCUCUGCUCCUCAUGUACAUGAAUGAAGAGGAUGCCUUCUGGGCCCUGGUCAAACUGUUCUCAGGCCCCAAACAUGCCAUGCAUGGCUUCUUUGUUCAAGGUUUUCCUAAACUCUUGAGGUUUCAAGAACAUCAUGAAAAAAUACUGAAUAAAUUUCUAUCCAAGCUUAAGCAACACCUGGAUUCUCAAGAAAUCUACACAAGUUUUUACACAAUGAAAUGGUUUUUUCAGUGUUUCCUUGAUCGUACUCCCUUUACACUAAACCUCAGAAUAUGGGAUAUCUACAUCUUUGAAGGAGAACGAGUUCUUACCGCUAUGUCUUAUACAAUCUUAAAAUUACACAAAAAACACCUGAUGAAACUGUCUAUGGAAGAACUCGUAGAAUUCCUUCAGGAGACCCUGGCAAAGGACUUUUUCUUCGAAGAUGACUUUGUAAUAGAACAACUUCAGAUUUCUAUGGUAGAACUGAAGCGCGCAAAAUUAGACCUUCCAGAACCUGGUAAAGAGGAUGAAUACCCACGGAAACCUUUGGGACAGCUUCCACCCGAAUCUGCUGGCAUCAGUCACCUAAGCAAUGGUCAAAGAAGUGUUGGCAGGUCAAGUUCCCCUCUGAGCAGCAGAAGAGAGAGCGGUUCCUCACCUCACAAAAAACAUGAGCAUUCCCCUCACCAUGAAGGUAGAGUUGGUACACCAGAAAGAGUAAGGGCACUGAGAAGGAAAUCCGUGGAUGAAGACAGUAAAAAGCUUAAAGACGAAGCAGAUUUGCAGAGAAAACUUCCAUCUGGCCCACAAGACAGUUCGAGGCAGUAUAAUCAUGCAGCUGCUAACCAGAAUAGCAAUGCCACUUCAACCAUCAGGAAGGAGUUUGUGCCCAAGUGGAAUAAGCCGUCAGAUGUUUCAGCUCUUGAAAAAACUGCCAAAUAUGCCAUUGAAGGCAGAAGUAGGUCAGCACACCCCUCCCUCACAGCCAGCAUCCCAAGUUCUGCCGAUGCUCGGUUAUCAAACGUGCGGCCAAAGAUGAAGGUUUGGGACGUUGAUGAAGGGAAACGGGGCUCCACUGCCUCCCAGUACGAUAACGUGCCUGAGAAUGACAGCGGCGCUCCUAUCGAAGAGGCGCUGGAAAGAGCGUACUCUCACAGCCCCAGGAAGCACAUGGAGCCAGGGUCUAGUCCGUCACGAGUACCAAACAAGUUCACUUUUAAAGUGCAGCCUGCGGGUUACACAAAGUCUUCGUCUCCGUUAGACGGGGAGGAUCGCAGGACAGCGCACCCGCCCUCCUACAGCAACCCCCCUGUGUACCGUGGAGAUUCUCCCAGACACGCCCCUGCCACGAACAGCAGCUUUGCGUCUCCACAGCUCACCCAUGGGAUGCGAGUGAGUCCUUCCAGGAGGCCUUACGGCUCUGCCCUUUCAGCUGACGCUUCUCCAGAGAAGUCGUACAGCCGCCCGCUUCCUCUGGUCCUGCCAUCCAGCCGAAUAGAAGUUCUUCCUGUUGAGACUGGUGCUGGGGGGUAUUCAGGUAAUUUGGAGUCACCAAAGAAUGGGAAAUUCAUCAUCCCUCCAGUGGAUUAUCUGCCGGAUAACAGAAAAUGGUCAGAAGUCAGUUACACAUACAGACCUGAGACUCACGGACAGCUGUGGACUCAAGAUGCCAACCGUAGCCACUUGAGCAAGUUUCCAAAAUAUUCUGCCUUUCAGCAUAUUCCCUUUCAGGACCAUGGCCUCCCGGCAGUUUCCGUAGAUAGUCCAGUGCGAUAUAGAACUUCACCAGGUUUAGAAGAUGCCGGUUCCUCUGGGUAUCAAUAUUCAGGGCCCUCACCUCCAGGAUAUCACUACAGAAAUCGGGAUGGACUUUCUAUUCAAGAAUCAGUAUUGCUGUGAGAAUUUAUCUAUACUUGGUAAAGACAAGAGAAUAUAAACCAUUUGAAACCUACAUUGCUAUGUUUAUAAUUGCCAAAGCAGUAUUUCAUACUAUUGUAAACAUCUUGCACAAUUCCAGUACAUGCUAGUAAUGUGUAGAAGCGUUUCAUCCCCACAUAGAUGCUGCUUAAGAUGAGCGUUUGUUAAAUUGCAUCAUCACUGGAUCUGUUGAAAAGAAUUUAACAUGGAAACAGCAGUGGCGUUGAGGGGUGCAGGCAUGAUGAUAAUUCGUCAUUCAUUUUAUUUAUAUCUUUCUCCAAAACCUGAGCAUUUUUACUCCAUUAGCCCAUCUUCUUUUGAGAAAUGUUAUAAAGCACUGAAAAACUGCAUAGAGUAGACAUUUUUAAGGCUAAAUGUAGUGUACAUAUCUAUUAGUAGAUACCAAAAGGCCUCUGUGCACCCACAUUUGAACACAGAAUGAAAGAAACAUUUAAAAAAAAACUAAUUUUAAUCUAUAUCCAUGGGAUAACUUACUAUUCUUCCUUUCCUUAACUUAUCUUUCACUCAAAUUUUGUUUUUCCCCCAUCUAUUUUUCACCCAGGUCCUAAAGUGCCGUAAGGGUCUGCCCUGACCUGAUUCAGCUUCUCUGCAUUUGCAGCCAUUUUCUUUCCAUCUGAAAAUUAAAGACACUGGAGAGCAAGGCUCACCACUUAAUGGUGCUUAAACAUCGGGGCGCUCAAAGUAAGUUUGUAGCCAAAGGCGCGGCCCGCUGCGUCCGCGCGCCCCGGUCAGUGUGAGAGCAGCGGUAGUGUAUUUGGUGCCCUUUCUUCUGGUCUUCUCUGGCAAAGCCCACAGCAGAACGUUCCUUGCCAGGUGCGAAGGAAGAGCUGAGGCCCUGCUCUCCAGGGGAUGCCUGCAGGAGGGGUUACCGAGGAGUGAGCCCUCACGUGGUGCGGCCGAGAAGCCUCCUCUGAAGUUCCUUGGAAAGCGGGAUCAGCAAUGUGGCCGCUCCUCACUUCCGCCCUUUCACGGGUCCCGGGCCUUCGUUUACGUGGUCUUUCCCUGGCACCCCUUCUUUAAGGCCCUAGUGGAUGUCGCUGCACUUAGGCCAUUAAGUUAUCACUGUGUACAAUUGUAAACAAUGAUCCUAAUUAUUAAUAGGAGUCUUAAGAUUUUAGUCUUUUUUUAAAAAGAGCGUGACUUCCCCACUUUCAAAAAUCUCCUUUUUUUUUCUUUCUCAGUGAAAAACAUUCAGGUUCAUGGUUAAAAAAUGAGCAAUGUCUUCUAAAAUAUUCUAUUACACUACAGUUACCAAAACGCUGGCGAAGUUUCAGGCACUCCCAGAAAGUAUGACUCUGUGUGUAACGGGAGAGCUCGUUUUCAGCAUCCUUUCCCGAUGUCGGAAUAAUGAAGAGUAGAAAGCCUAACACCCAUGGCUCUUCUUGUCACAAGUUGGAGCUUUAAACUUUCAAGGUACCGAAGUAUGUCUUUUCAAAUGAGAGUAACAUUUGUUUAGCUAGUGAAUGUGACAAUAUUUUUUUAUGUAUAUAAUGAGUCUAAUGUAAUUUUAAUCAACUCGGUAAUGAUGUUAUUAAAUGGCAAAACAAAUGCAGUGUGUCAGCAGCCUAGCACUACGCUGAAGCACACGCCAAACCCUGCCUUCCCCAGGCUCUCGGUUCAGAUCAUGUGGAGGCUUAGAAAGACGUGUAUAACGAAAAGUAGCUAAGGAUAUUCGUUCCCACGUUUAAACCACGAUUCUGUGACUUGUAAUAAACUAAGCUGUACAGUGUAGGGUGUGAUGACAGCGUCUGAGCUGCUCUGAAAUAUAUAUGUCAACAGUGGUAAAUACUGUAGAUUUAUAUAUAUAUAUAUAUGCAGAAUAUAUAUACACACACUAUUUUCUUAUGUCAUUUAUGACAUUUUUAUCUGUAUACUUUUUUUGAUGUGAUUGUUUUUAACAUGCUAAAAGUAAUAAGUCUAUUUCA